GAUUGGGCAGUGCAGCUACUGUAACAUAAGUUCUGAAAUAGACGUCGCUAAGAUCAGUAGAUAUGGCAUCCUGCAAAAACGAUCUUUUUUACCCAGUGUUACCUCCCAACCAGAAUGCUGUUUGUAACAGCAAGAUGACCGAAGAAGGAAAUGAAGGGGUUGCCAAAUUCAUUUUAACGAAUGAUGACUCUGAUCAAUCAUUGACACGAAUUGAAAAGGAUUUUCAUCUGAAGAAAAUAACUAUCGCAACUCAUUUUGCUUCUUCUCUUGACGAUCUUAAAUCAACCAUUGAGUCAUAUAUUGAGCAGCAUAAGGCGUGUCUGGUGGAUGGUGUAAAUGAGUACGAGAUCAAGCUGGUAUUGAAGCACGAAUGGGAGGAAAUGAUCAACAAGCUACAAUUGGAAGAUGGUGAUGACAUCGACCUUCGUCUAUACCAUAUAGAAAAAAAAAGCCACAACUUCUUCAUGCUGGCAAAAAAUGUCGGUUUUUUAAAAAAUAAGGCGAACAGAAAUCAAUCGACUCCACCAUUUGCUGUAUUUUUACAGCAUUCUGUCAUGCCCAAAGUAGAAAUUUACGCUUACAUCUAUUUUAAAACGUGGGCCAGCUUCCAAACAUACUGCGAAGAACACGAUCAUGCGGUACGCGGCCACAUCUUUAACUGUCUGGUGGCUUUAUCCAACGGAGGUCGCAGUUAUGUAGACAAUGAUGGCCAUUCAAAUGAUCUGACUGAUGGUUCCAGUUGGGUUGUUAAAAAUAAUGACGGAUUUGGCUCUGACGAUUUGGAAUUUGAAAGUGGAUUUAAAAAAAUUAGUUCAGAGGCUUGCCAUAUUUGCAUAGGGGGUACGAAGUCUGAUUACCGCCUCUUCUUUUGGAACCAGAUGUAUCAUAGCAAAACUGAAAAUAGAACAAUUACGGUUUAUUUGAUAGAUAGCAUUGGCCAUCACACGGAGAAAAAAUUAGUUAAGAAAAGGGGAGACAGACAUAGCAAAGAAAGUCAAAGUAGUAAAUGUACAGCUGAUCCCCAGAUAGUAGAAAGGGACAUUAAGAAAAUCAAAUUAGUGUUUGUGCAACAGUCUGAUAAAAAUCCAAACAAGCCUAAGCUGAAGCCUUUGGAAAGUGACUAG